AUGUCUGAGAUGGUUUCCCUUAGUGGAAGAACAAGGAAGAAGAACUCAUUACAAGUCCGUCUCCUGGACCUGACUAAGUGGACGCUGCUGAAGCACCAAGACUUGGCCAUUACCUCUCUGGAAACCCUUCCCUCAGAGCUCUUCCCACAACUCUUCCUGGACGCCUUCCAUUUCAGAUGUACAGAGACAGUGAGGGCCGUGGGGCAGGUCUGGCCCUUCCCCACUCUCCCACUGGGGAGGAUGUUACAUGAAAUUUUUCCUUAUAUGAAAAGUUUAGAAGCAGCAUUAGAGGGAAUUGAUGUGUGGCUUGGCCAGGAGGUUUGCUCCAGGAGGUGCAAACUGCAGGUGCUGGAUUUCCGUCCUAUUGGUGAUCAAUUCUGUAUCAACGGCAGUUUGACCCUGUUUUCUAAUCAGUUCCUCCGGCUGCACCACCUUCGGGAGCUCUAUCUGGACUCAGCCACCUUCCUCAAAGGACAUCUGGACCAGCUGCUCAGGUGCCUGAGGACCCCUUUGGAGAGCUUGCCCCUCACAGAAUGUCCACUUCUAGAGCGAGACUUGACACAUCUGUGACAGUGCCCCAACCUCACCCAGCUGAAGGAGUUGAAUCUGGCAGGCACCAACCUGAGCCUGGUGAGGGAGCCCCUGCGUGUGCUGCUGGAGAACUGUGCGUCCACCCUGCAGGACCUGGACUUAGGAAUGUGCAGACUCCGUGACUCUCAACUGGAGGCCAUCCUGCCUGUGCUGAAACUCUGCUCUCAACUCAGGAUCCUGAACCUCCGUGGGAACUGCAUGUCCAUGGCUUUCCUGGUCCAGAUGCUGCACCACCUGGCCAUACUGCCCCACUUAACGCUGGAGAUCUAUCCGGCCCCACAGGAGAGCUACAGUGCUCUGAAGAUGCUCCACCAAAGGACCUUUGAUCUGCUUUGUGCAGAGCUGAGGGGGGUUCUCAAGAAUUUAGGAAAACACAGGUUGAUCAUGGUGAGCACUGAGCCCUGUUCUUGCCAUGGAAAGACUAUUCUUCACAACAGUGAGCCCAGGAUGUUUCCUGGCUCCUUUUGCCGUUGUCAAACUCAAAAUAUUUCAUUUCCAGAAUGA